CAAAGAAUUUUGUCCGCUACUUAAACAAUGUUACAGGAGACAGAUGUGAGUGAACACCGCAACGAGUUACUUCCCUUGGCCAUUUUAUUUUGGAAAAACUAAAGCGAAGUUUUGAUGUUGGCUCUUCCAGCUCUGUAAUGAGAAUGCUGAUCUGAUUCUGUUAACCUAUCAAGAAAGAAGAUAAAGGCUCCCUGGAACAUGGAUCAAGAAACAGCACAAUUGUUGUUUAAAGAAGGGGCUAUUUUCAUCCUUCUUGAUGUUCCCCUGGGCACAGAGUUUGGCAUUGAUUAUAACUGUUGGGAUGUUGGACCCAAAUUUAAAGGUGUCAAAAUGAUCCCACCUGGAGUUCAUUUCAUAUAUUACAGUGCCAAAAACAAAGAAGGACAAGUGGCGCCACGUACUGGUUUCUUUCACGAAUUCAAACAGAGGGAAAUUAUCUUAAGAAAAUGGGACCCUCUCACGGAAGACAUUAAAGCUGAAGAAGACAACCCAGAUGUUAUGGAAUGUUAUGAAAUAAACAAGCAAGAGUUAGACCAAUAUUUAGCUCCUUAUCCAUAUGACAACUACAAGAAAUGGGUGUCCCUCACAAACCACAUCACUAGCGAUUUACUUACCUUACUCCAUGUAGAGGGAGUGAAAAUAUCAUCUGUAACAGCCCUCAAAUCAGAGAAAAGUGAUUCUCUCUCAAGAGCAGCAGAUCGACUGAGAAACUCGGAGCCAGUUCGGGAUGUAAGUCAAGAAUGUCAGUCAAUAAAGGAAGCAGAAUCUCAUCUGUCCAAAUUGCAAUUUGCUCCACACACCAGUGUUCAAUACCAUACUGUUCCUAGGAAAUACCCAGUUGGAGCAAGCCCUGCUGAUGUCACCAAAUACAGCUUAGAUUCCAGUUAUGCCCUCAGCACAAUGAUUGAAUCCUGCUACGACAACAAAGAAUUGUUGUUGUUGGGGGAGCUGCAGUUAUCAUUUGUGUGUUUUAUCAUAGGACAAGUUUACGAUGGUUUUGAGCAAUGGAAGAAGCUAGUCAGUGUUCUAUCAACAGCACAGAGAGCUGUCAUCACUUAUCAAAACCUUUACAUGCAAUGUAUUAAAGUUCUCUAUUUCCAAUUGAAGGAAAUACCUGAAGAUUUCUUUGUGGACAUUUUGUCCCAACAAAAUUUCCUUACCGACACACUUUAUGAGUUUUUCUUGAACCUCAACAAUGAGGAGGUCAAUGAUGAACUGAGGAAGAGAGGGGCAAAGUUUAAAGCAAAUUUAACAGAAACUUUCAAAUGGGAUUUUAGCAGAGAACCUGAUGAAUAUGCCCCGGUUGUUGUUGAAACUGAGAUUAUAUAGUGUGGGGCAACGAGACGAGUAUGGCCCUGUCGUGGUUGAAAGUGAGAGUACAAACUUAAGGUAACAAACCAUUCAAUCAGAUACCACUAAGUCCAGUGUAAUGGACAUCAGAACAAUGGUUGACCAUCAACCUGUUUCUUCAUACAUCGUGUUCUCACAACGACAUUAAAUUUCUGCAACAUUU